GGCUUGAGUUCAUUAAAGUUGAUUAAAGUUAUACCUGUCGAUGACGACGAAUGGAGCACGUUUGCAUUUUCCGUGCAAUGGGACUCAACUGAUGCUAAGAGUGUUACGCUAUAAAGUUACGCGAUGUAAAGUUUGACGAUUUGAUUUAGGAUCGCGCCUAAGAAUCAAACAUUCCGCGUUAGAAAUACAGAGAGUGAGUGUAAGAAUACUUUGAUGCUCUCCCUUUGCGUUAAAUAUCGCGAAGAGUUUGCCAUUUAAAUAAUCGAUAUUUUCUACAAACAAAGAUAGAGACAUCACGAAGAAUUCUCUGUGUAACGAAAUAGGCAUCGCGAAGAGAGUACGACGUUUCCCGCAAAAAGCUCGACGUUUUUCCGACGCAGCAACGUGGCGAGUAGCACGAAGGGUAGUUUAAGGCUUAAGAUUCCUCGCGCGAUCUGCUUCGAGAGGUACCUAUAUCGUUCUCUUUCACAUUCUUCGACAUAGAAACUUUCUAUCUCGUCACAAGCAGUGCCUCAUCCAACUAUUGUAUUUCGCACGCGAGUGUGCAGGUUUAAUAACGCGACCGACACCUUUCAUACUUGCCACAAUCAGUUUCGGCUUGUAAUUUUGCACGAAGCAGCUCAUAAUUCUCGCGUGCUCUUCGAGACACGAGUCUGGAUCGGGAAGAAAGGGAGUGACCGAUCGAUCGUCAUAAUAACGGAGCUUUGCGUAGGGACGAAGAAAAAAAGGGCGCUCCCGCCAAGACAAGUGGACGGCGACCCUCGACCCCGUGCGCGAGGAGCGAACGAUCCUCUCGGGAAAGAGCAUCGAGACGCGUAAGGAGCCUCGUAAGAGACCAUCCUCAAAGACAAACGAGUCCUCUUUUCGUCCGAGCGAAUCACAAGCAAGGCCCCACGUCAAAACUCUCUUCGAUCGCUACAAUCUCGAGGAAAACACGAGAACUUUACAGGAUUAAUUUAGCAACAAGGCAGCGUUGUAUGGAGAUUUAAUACCCUGGGCUCGUACUUUGCUAUUCUUCGUUAAUGUGGAGUUUCACGUCCUUUCGUGUACGCGAAACACAUUCUUCAUUUAGGUCGACGGUGGUCUCAUUCUAUCGUAUAUUGUCGUCUUGAUUGUUACGAGAGCCGGACACGAGAUAUCUUGGAGCCGUAAUUAAGGAUACAAUUAACGGCCCGCCAAUUAAAUAUAAUUAACUCGAUGGCUAGAACGCGGUGCUCUCUGUCUGCCAAUUAGCGCUUUAGCGCCUUAUCGAUCAUCGACCGUUUCUACGAAGCGCGUCACGAUCGAGACAAUAAAAUCGAUCGUAGAUGAUCGCGGUCAACGAGCGUUGCGAGGCCGAAACUGUUUCGAAAUCAAACCGGAGAAAAGAAUAGCGAUUUGAGAGAACGGGAACGUUGGCUGAGCCAAGAGUUGGAGAAUCGAGAUAACGCGCUAACGAGGGACGAUUAACGAUCUUUCGAGGUCGAGAACAUAUCGUUGUCUCACUUUCCCUCGUGCUCUUUUCGACGUGACCAUUUUCAAUAAAGGGGUCAAUCACUCCUAAAGUCGCCUUUUAUAUACUUCAAUAUACACGAUCUACGCGAAAGGAAAAUUGCAAGAAAGAAGAAACUUGUUAAGAAUAUUCAUUAAAGAAUACUACGAGAAUAAUUUCUCAAGUUGCGUCAAUCGUCGCGGUAAGUCGGAUUAAAGGGAAUCAUAAAGACAGGUAAACAUCGCCGGGCAAACGUUCUUCUUUAAGAUCAAUUCGUUCGGUGCGACAGUGAUUCUCGAGGGACGAUCUUUUUACCAAUAUUUAUCACUGCCGGCUCCAAAAGCGAUUCGGAGCUAAAUAUGCAACUCUUCCUUGCGGUUUAAUUCUUCAAAAGUCGUGGUCGAGACUCCGGCAAGGAAUCACCAGCGAGAAAAACGUCGCGAGCGGUAGGAGGGACGGAGAAUGCCAGCAGGGUGCACGUGACGAACGGAGCUUUCCUCCAGGUUUGCACGCACGCUGAGGUGGAGGAUGGAGGAGCUGGAGACGCUGGAGAGCACGGAGUGCCCGGAGUGCCCCGGGCCGCCCCCUGAGUUCCGGUUGCCGCCGCCUCCCCGGCCGCCCUUCCUCACCGAGAGCACCUUCUGCUCGGAGUCGCCCCUCGCCGAGCUCGAAGACUGCGUUGCUAUCCCGAUGAUCGACGCCUCUUAUCAUACGAAUCCAUCGCUGCAAAGCACUGCCCUGAUUAUCACCUGCGCGGUGGUUUUACUAUUAAUGGCCGCGAUUGUGUCCGUCGUCUUCUGGAAGCACAAGCGGAAAGUGCAAAAUCUGCUGCCAUGCAAGAGCGCAGCGGGAGCGGCGGCAGUCGCUGGACGGGGCCGCGUGCUGCCGGACGGUCAGCCGCAUUCGGGCCCCGGCAUCGGCAGCGGCGGCGGCGGCGCCGUCCUCUACGAGGAUCUACCGGAUCACGCGGUGUCGCAUUCACAGCUGCACAAUCACCUGCCAACGGGCCAUGGCCAGGCGCCGACGAUCGAGAUGUUGGACGUCAAGGAGGGCGGGAGAGGGGUGUUCGUCUGCAGUAGCCCCGGUCCUGAUCCUUACACAUCGCAGGACCUCUAUAAUCCUGUCUACGAGGAGCUCAGCAACGGGGACCAUCCGGAGACGGACGAGGAGAGCGAGCUGAACGCCCGCAAUCGUCUACAUCAUCAUCAUCAUCAUCGUCAUCAUCACCGCGCGUCCAAUGCAUCCAAACCAGCGAGCGAGGAUGAAUUUGCCGAGGAUGAACUGUCAGUGGGAGAGCCGUCCGAGGCAAGGAUGCUCACCUCGAGCGGCGCUCCUGCCUGGGGCACGUGUCCCGCUGGUGGCAGGCAACCACGCGAACGACGUGGCCGCAGCCCCAGGAGUCUCGACCGACGCAGACGGGACAAAAAUCACGAUGUGGGCGAGUUUCACGAGGGCAUGCUGUUGGACGCGCUGCUUCAACUCUAUCCUAGUGUCGCGGGUGUGGCCGGGGCCCGAACAGGCAACAACAUCACCCAACGUCAACAAUCCGUCCCGUCGGUGGCGCACAGGUUACCAUAUUUUGUGCCGCCUUUGCCGGCUGCACAGGCCCCACGGCUCGAGGAGAAUCCGUACGAGAGUGUGCCGGUGCUGGGGCCGUUGCAUCGCUAUUCUAGCCAAAACAGGAGUAACAAGGAGCGCUCGUCCCGCAGUAUCAAAUCGUCCGGUAGCGACAAAUACAAGUACCUAUCGUCGUCGCAGCAACAGCAGCAACAGUACGGCAGCGAUUAUUAUGGCCUGCAGAGUCAAUCCGAUGUCACGACGCCACUCUACACGCAGGUGAGCGGCGAGUACUCGGACACGUACUCGCAGCCGACCGAUCGGCUCUUCGGCGACGACAAAUACAGCCAGCCAGUGUAUUAUACCACUAACUCGACCAGGGAUGCGGCAUGCGAUCAGGUGACCACUACUGGCAGACUAUACCAGGGCCAACCUGACAGCAGCUUUGGCAGCGACAGUGGUUACAGCCAUCAUACUUCCGGCACCACCGGCACCAGCGGUACUCGCGGAAGUAACUCCCGGACGAAUCAUCGCAGGGACAAACAUCGAAACUCCCAUCACUCGCAUCACUCCGCGGACUACAUCAUGUCCUAAUGGAGGACUGACCGUGUUCUUCUCGAAAUAUACUCUCGUUAAGAAAGAGAGAGAGAGAGAGAGAGAGAGAGAGAGAGAGAGAGAGAUGAUGAUGAUGAAAGAGUAUUCGUUUUUUGUCACCGGCCACGAUGAAUUGAGCAUAUUCAUUAAUGGAGAGAGCGGCUGACACCGAUUCGGCUGUGCUAAACUGCUGUAUUUUGAUACUUCGACGUCCACGGUUAAGAGUCAAUAAGGAUAUGGUUGCUACGGCUGCUUGAGUCGUGACGAUCGUGACAUACAGAUUUGAUUCGAUCAUCGAAGCGACGAGGAAAUUCGCGAGCAAGUGACGAGAUUAGGACGAGAAAAACGCAGUGAUCUCUUAGUGAUUUAUACAUCUAGCCGAUACUAUUGCAAGACUAUCUAAUAAAUUUAUUUGUAAUCAAAUGAGACUCAGGCUGGUACCAAAGGACAUUAACAAUUACUUGUAUCUUUUUAGUCUAAUCGUUUGUAAUUUAUACGUAGAGAGAAAGAAUGCGUUAAUCGGAACGAGUCGAUCUCGUCCUCGUCGUCGCCCGCAAAUUGUGCGACUACCAAUCGCAAAGAAUCCCGGAGAAAUACCGAAGUUAUUUUAGACAAACAGUCCUAUUAUGGCUCUUUCAAGCAAUCCACAAACAAUUUUGCAAAUAAAAAAAAUGCUCGAAACAUCCGCACGCCAAGUAUUCAAACGUAACAUUAAUUUUCAAAAUAAAUGACAUUUAAAAUAGUAUGUAUAAGCUGAAAUAGGAUUAAUAAAUGAUAGUAAAAUAGUACUGCCCAAAAAUCAGCAAAUCCGAUAAGAUGCAUUUCAAGGAAAUGAAUUUAUAAUUUAAAUUUUAUUUUAAUUAUAUUUUAAAACUAUACUUUAAAUUAAAAACCUAUGAAAGGAAAAACAAUUUUAUUUUUUUAACUUUUUGUUAUGUAACAUUUUUAUAGAAAAUUCACUUAUUAUUAUAUUUCUAGGCUAAAUACAAGAUUAUUUAAUCUGAAUUGCACAUAUUACGGAUCAAGCUGGUGUCGAUCAUGGAUGCUUCGUGGUCAAAUUAACCGAUCCACUGCCAAUCCUAUCCUAAACGACCGGGCCUGUUCACCCGGCCGACAAGUUUCGUACAAACUUUGAUACGACGAAACCUAUAAUUAGAUUUUCGAGACCCCCGAGCGGAUCCGAUCGCAUGCACGGCAGGCGACAUUAGACGAUACUAUGCGAUCAUGCCGCGUUUCUAGUCCAAUAAUAAUCAUUCUUCGUACCAACUUAGAAAGCUUUGUCUAUACGACAUCUAUACACACAUGCCAAUAAAAUUCUCGAAAUAUAAUAAUAAAUGCACGCACGCGAUAGAAUAAGCCGAGUCCUUGGACCAUACUGUAAUUCUUGAGGAAAGAAAUAACGAUUUGCACGUUGGAAUCUGAUAAAUCAAUUAGAUUACGACACAUGCAUUACGCUCUUUAUUAUUUUCGUGCGAGAAAAUAGAUGUUGAAUUUAAAGAACAAAAUUUAGUUUCGAUAAUGUACACUCAAUGUAUUAUGAAUACAUAUUAUAUAAUAUGGAAAUAUUCUAAAUUCAGUACUUAAUGCUUUGUACUUAAAUAAACAGUUUAAUAUUUUAUGUGGUCUAUCAGAAUAGAGAUAAUUUAAAAAUAAUAAAUAUAUUCUUUUUUCAAAUUUCAAAUCAAAGUCUGUAUUAUUAGUGAUCUAUCCGGUCAAAACUAAUAAUAAUAAAUCCAUUCAAUCUUCAUAUUUUUAAAUGGAAAAUCCUCUUUUCUAGAAAAAUAUCAUAUAAUCUAUAGAGUAAUAGAUCAAUGCGUGAAUAUUUAUAAAAUACAAUUCCUAAACGGAUCUCAUUUAGACUCCAACGUGCAUGAAUGAUGUCGGAGACCAUAGUUGCCACACGCAUGACUAGCACAUGACUAGUACAUCAUUACACUAAGCAUAUAUUCGCGCAGCCAGAAAUUUUAAGCGCCGCGCGCGAGCUUUUUAUUUUUGUAAUUACUAAAAGCAUUGCGGAAACGUAGUACCGUAUAGCUCGAUGGAUAAAGAGACAGAGAGAGAGAGUAGAAAGCAUUGUGGAGAAAUUUUCUUUCUGAAAAAGUGAAGAUGCUCUUUCUCCCGAAAUGGCUUCUCGAUGAAGCUGGAUUCCUGUAUACAUCUCAUAUUGUCUGUUUUGAUAUCGAAAACCACUGACGACCAUAAAAAUUCUCUUUUCGCAGUUCAGCACAACUCUGUCUCGGAACGCGAAUCGCUUUCUAGUGGAAGCAACUGCCACUAUACUUCGUUGACGAAGUCAGUAUUGUUGUCGUUAAUAACGUAACGGAAGCCACGCAUCAUGGAAAAUUCAUGAACUAAAAUCAUGGCACGCUCGCAACCCCACUCUACUCCAAAUCACCAUUUUGGCGAAUGCCGGCUAUAUUGCGGACAAAGGGCCGCGUGCGAAUGGCGCAAAUUAUUCGCGUGCAUUAUUAAGCAUACCAUUAUCGCGAUCGGUUGCAUUAUUAUGUAUACGAGCGUCGAUAUCAACGAUCUUCGAUCGGUAGUCGCACGGAUUCGCGCAAUGCUUUGAUUGUGCAAGCCGGCGUUAACGUGUUCCUCAGUACUGUUACUUUGUCCCGCUGUAGAAAAAAUGUCAUAAUUGGUUAUAUAUGUAUAAUCAUGUAAUGUAUAUAUGUAAUGUAUAAUGUAAUUGGUUAUAUAUGUAUAAUCAUUCUUAAUAUAUAAUUAUUUUUGAUAUAUAAUUAUUUUUUACAACAUUGGACCAUUAUAUUACAUGAAUUUUUAUUAUAAUUUUGUGUAACGUAGCUUUAGAUUUUAGAUUUGUUACACAUUAUAACAUAAUUUUAUGCAAAUAUAUAAUAAAAUAUCUAAUAAAUUAUGGUGCACUAAACUAGUCGACAUUAGAGAUUAAAAAAAAUCUUAAAAAAAUAUUAUAUAAAAUGUAGAGAUAUUGAUAGUUUUUAUACAACGAAACAAAGUGACAGAAGCCAGAGGUGCAAAAUUAUUCGAAUUUUCGGAAUAUAGCAAAUUAUAGAGCAAGACGAUGCAAGAGAGUGAGAGAAAAAAAUGUUCGAAAAAUGUACAGGCGCACGUUAGUACACCGUAUAAAUAUCGCUAUCACUUUAUACAUACCGCACUUGUAAGAAAGUAAACGGCGAGCCAUGUAAAUAGAGAGAGCCGGGAGGAAAAGUUCCACCCAUGUAGUAUAGUUGUACUAUAACGAUAUCGUUACCGACAUCUUUUCCCGUGCGUUGUGCGUGCAAGAACGAGAGAGAACAGAAAUAAAAUUUAAUAUAUACACAAAAAAUUAUAUAUAGAGAGAAAGACAGAGAGAAACAUGAAAAAAGAAACUAUAAAAAAUACGAUAAAAAUAUAAUUUUUAAAUUAUUUGUAACGGCAGGCGCGCGCGUCGCAAUCACGGCAAACGCUAAAGUCAAGAAAAGGAUGAGAAUUCAUUAUAUCUUUUCCCCUUUUCAGAGCGAGAGGAUCGAAGAACGAGUUGAGCAGGACAAAGAUGAGAAGAAAAUCCCUUGCGGAAGUUCUCUCGCGAGCCUUUCUCUCGCUCCUCGAAAUAGUGCACGCUCUCUUUUUAGACGCGCCUAGACGCGAAUACCUCAACACAAAGAAAUAAUCACUCUGUUGUAAAUAUAAUUUUAUAUAUAGGAGCGCCGGGAGAAAUAAGGGUAGUUUGCGCGAUCGACACAGCGGGGCCGGUCCAAGACAUUACAACUACGAAACUCAAAAUAAUACUAUCAAAAAAAGGAUAGACUUAUAAAUGUCAUUCGACGAAGGCAAUUCCUACUUAAUCUCAUUAUAAAAUUAAAUAAACACGAUUCAAUCUUGAAAAAAUGUUAAGAAAACAAUUGCAUUGCAUCAAACCAUGUAACUCGUUAAAAUCUUCAUGAUACAAAUUAAAAUUUCUAGUAUUUUUAUUAAUUAUUCAUCAAUAAUUUGAUCACAAAUAUGUACUUAAUAAAAUCAAAAUUAUUUUCCGCAAAAAAAUUAUAUAUAAAAUAUUUUGAUUAGAAUGUCCGGCCCCGUGGUGCAAUCCCCAAAAAUAAUAUCCCGUUAAUGCUAAUAAUAAUUCACUCGUGUGAAUCGAAAUCAAGCGAGGCAACAAUCGCCUAUGUUUUUAUAUGAGAAAAUCGAUUUGCGCGAGUUUAUAUUGCACGACAAAGAAAUUUGUUAAUCGCGCAACAUUACCAGUAAAGUUACGCCAAUGUGACGCUCUGGAAAGUCAUGCUGUCGAUUAUUCUCUUAAAUUCUAAAUAUAGCAAUAAUGUAGAAUUCUCGCUCCUUUAAAUCAAUUUUUAUCAUUAUAUCAUACGUUUGACUGAAUUGCGCAAGUAUCUACGCCUUAUCUUCAUUAGUCUAAGGAUUAUCAGUUUAUCCCUAAUUAUUUUCUUGCAGUGUUUCGCGCGUCUAAUGCUUUUAACAAAUUACAGAAAAUUUUAUAGACAAAUUAAAUUAAUCAAGAAGGCAUGAAAUAGUUGAAUAAUUCCAUACUGAUUUAAUUAAAUAAAAAACGUUAUUUCUUUCGUCGACUUUUUUGCGACAAGCUAAGAGUAGCUUAUUAGUAAAAUAUUAUUUAAUUUUCUAUUAAUUGAGUAAAGACAAUAACGAAUCGUACUAAAGCGACUUCGUAAAUUGCAUUCAAGUUCAUUCGGACUCCUUUGAAUAUGUUACAUUAUUCUCACGUGCUCCAGGAGCGAAAUUUCUGAUUGACUAAUUAGCUGAAAUUAAGCUAAGGCAGCUCUCAUUGUUCCUCAGGAAAUAUAUUCUAGCCGAAUAAAAUAAAAUUAUAAUUGCGGGAGCAUGACUGGCUAGAGUGCAAAAGCGAAGAGGAAAGAAUGAAUAUGUACAGUGUGUACUUAUCAUGACGAGAGCCAUCAAAAAGAAACACUGCAUAUAAUCAAAGAAUACGCAUAAUGCGAAAAUGUAAGGCGAUACGCAGAUCGAGAAAGAUUAGAAAGGAAAUCGUAGAACGAGAGAGAGAAAUAGAAUUGAGGAAACGAUAGGCAAAAUUAUAUGCUUUCGUAUUUUAUUGCGUCCAUGUUAAUUGAAUGAUUCGCACUGUUGUUUUAUUUUAUUUCUUGUGCAUAGCUUGUAUGAUACGUAUGCUGAAAGUUUAAGUUAUUAUUGUUUUUAUUUAAGCGAACGGAGAAGUCUUAAUCGAACAUGGAUCUUUGUUACAAAGACCAUGAUUAAUUGUUGCAUAUCGAGUGUAGUGAGCGAGUGAAUGAAAUUCGCGCGAGAUGGACCAUGAAUGAUCCAAAAGUAUAUUGUGUUGUGUGAAAAAAAUAAGCUAAAUAUAGAUUUUUCAUAUAUUUAUUCAUUUGAUUUGCACAUACUUGCAAAAUGUUCAAUGAAAAAUAUCUCAAAUUGAGAUUCUUGAAAUAAUAUUCGCUCAAAAUUGAUCGAAAGAUAAAGUCUUAUCCAUUUAUACGAAACCUAAUUCGUAUUCAUUCAAUGUCAAAAACGUUACAUGAAAAUGUGAACAAUGUAUAAUUUAUUUGAACAUUUAAUACGACAUAAAAUUAAAUAUACUUUAUUUAAUUUUGUAUAUAAAUUUGUACGAACUGUUGGAUCAUGUAUGGAUCAUUAGUGCUCAGUAAUAUUUCAUUUUUGUAUAAUCGUUGUCUUUCGUUCACCAUCUCGACACUUUUUAUUGUUUCCCCGUACUACGUGCGUGAGAAUAGCGAGCUCUUGCAGAGCAAAAACGCUAGUGAAAGAGAAUUGAAGAGAGAAGAAAAAGAGAAAAGAAAAAAAGAUAAAUAAAAAAGAUGAUGUACGAACGAAAGUUAGAGGUAGAGAGAACGUUUUCUUAUACCUUUCAAACGCGUAUAUGAGUCGCGAAAUUAUUAUUAUUAUUAUUAUUUAUUGUUGCGUUCCAAGGGGAUGAGAGGCACACUUUCCGCCACAGCCCCUUCUCAGCAGUCCCAUACUUCCGCUAUUUCUUAGCGGCGGUUUUAGCGCUAUAGGCAGAACAGAGGACACAAUAACAUAGGCACUAGAAUAUCUCCUAGAGAGGAGAUAACAAGUAGCAUCUCUUGAAAGUUAGCUCGCACGGGCGUUUCGCUCUUCCGUUGCGCCGAAGAUGUUCAAAAUUGAUGCUUUAAAUUAUCUUUUAAACGCACAUUUAACAUUAACCACGGCUGCCCGAAUUCUAUCUCGCGUUGUGAUCUUUCUUGUAUCGAGCCUUCACUUUGAAAAAAUAAAACUUGCAAAGUCAUACAAUUACAUUAAGCGCUAAAUAUGGCUAUGAAAAAAGCCUUUCGUCCCUAUUCUUACCGUAGAUUCGCAAGCGCGUAAUAGUGCUAAAUGUGAUUGUUUAAUUCUCUUGUAGAUAUAUUGAAUGUCAUCUUCAUUAAAUCAAUGAAAACCAAACUCAUUAUUGAUUACACAAUCACAGACCGACUGAUAUUACAAAUUGAAAAUUAUCCUUGCAGCAUUGAAAGCGUUAAAUGUGCGAUUUGCAAAUGCGAGCAUUUUAUCUCCCGUUUUGCUCCCAUGCAGAUUAAGUAAAUGUUUGCUAAUCCGAUCUAACUUUAUCAACGAUUCAAUUAGAAUCACUAGUCGAGGGUUAGCGUGAGCGACUUGAUCAACGCGAGAUCCUAUCGGUGAAAUUUGCUCGAAUUACAGUUACUUAAUCUAUAUUGAUGUGCAAAUACUACUGAGCGUCCCAAGUUCACUAUCGUGAUGGAUCGAAGGUCGAUCGACUACGAGGAAGAUCGGCCAGAAUCGGCGUCGACGGAAAAGCGGAGCAUCAGCUCGCAGAACAGGGUAACUAGUUCUAACAUCUAUCUCUUACGUCUCAGCUAAGGAACAAGAAAAAGCUCUGUCACACUCGUUCACGGUAUCACAACACCGAGGCCUGGCAUUGUUAAUCACGAAAUGUCGGCCGAGACGGCAAUCUCGAGACACUAUCACACACCUUCGUACUAAUAAACGAUUUACUAUUCG